GUGUGUUAAAAUCGGUCACAUUCAGCAAUAAUAUGAUGCACACACAUUCUGAAAACACGACAAUUUUUUUACGACAUCGGUGAAGUGCGUAGCGUCGGUAAACGGGUGAACAUAGCUAUUUUAUGCGUGUCACAAAGGGCACGCCGCGAUACCGUAGUACCACCCUUUCCCCCAGGCUUCGGAGAACUUUCUAAGUGCGUGUGUGUGGUGAAGCGUCGCGUCGUUUACGCUGAUUUGGCGUAUUUUGACUGCAAAAGAAAGUGUGUCUGGGCAAUAAUUAGUGUUGCCUGGUCGUGAGAGUGUAAUUUAUUACUUGAAACCCGAAGUGUUUGCAAUCGCGGCGGCAUCAUGUUUGAUGUGUUCGGAUCCGUGAAGGGUCUGCUGAAGCUAGACCAGGUGUGCAUCGAUAACAACAUCUUCCGGCUGCAUUACAAAGCCACGGUCAUCAUCCUGAUCGCGUUCUCGCUGCUAGUCACCUCGCGACAGUACAUCGGCGAUCCGAUCGAUUGCAUCGUCGAUGAAAUUCCGCUCAACGUAAUGGACACCUACUGCUGGAUCUAUUCCACGUUUACCAUCCCGAACCGCCUAACCGGAAUCGCUGGCAAGGACAUCGUACAGCCGGGAGUCGCAAGCCACGUCGACGGUCACGAUGAGGUGAAGUACCACAAGUACUACCAGUGGGUAUGCUUCGUCCUGUUCUUCCAGGCCAUGCUAUUCUACGUGCCCCGCUACCUGUGGAAGACAUGGGAAGGUGGCCGUAUCAAGAUGCUGGUGCUGGACCUGAACAUGCCCAUCAUGAACGAGGAGGCGAAGGAGCGCAAGAAGAUUCUGGUCGAUUAUUUCGCCGACAACAUUAAGGGACACAAUUUCUAUGCCAUGCGGUUCUUCUUCUGCGAGGCGCUGAACUUUGUGAACGUGCUUGGCCAAAUUUACUUUAUGGACUUCUUCCUCGACGGAGAGUUCUCGACGUACGGUAGCGAUGUGGUACGCUUCACCGAGAUGGAACCGGAAGAGCGCGGUGAUCCGAUGGCCCGUGUCUUUCCAAAGGUGACCAAAUGUACGUUCCACAAGUACGGUCCUUCGGGAAGCGUGCAGAAGUUCGACGGACUGUGCGUGCUGCCGCUAAACAUCGUCAACGAAAAGAUCUACGUAUUCCUGUGGUUCUGGUUCAUCCUGCUCACCAUUCUGACCGGUAUCUCGCUGCUGUACCGUUUGGCAGUGAUCAUGAUGCCCAAGCUACGUCUGCUAAUGCUGCGCGCCCGUUCCCGGCUUUCGGCGCACGAUGAGGUAGAGCUGAUCGCUUCCCGUUGCCAGAUGGGCGAUUGGUUUAUACUGUACCAGCUGGGAAAGAAUAUCGAUCCACUGAUCUACAAGGAGAUCAUCUGCGAUCUGGCCCAAAAGGUCGAGGGCAAGGAGAUCGUAUAAAUGGGGCGGGGACAUGGAAGGAUACUGAGCAGGAGAGUUGAACGUGAAUCACUGUUCGAGGGAAUGCAGCUCCCGCUCGUCAGUACUCCUUAGCGAUGUCUUGCCAUCUUCUCCCCCCGCCCAAAUCCUCCUACUGACAAUAACACCCACCACCCUUCCAGCAGACUACAUUUCCUUACCUUCCCGCCGUGCAUCCGCUAUCAAUCCGCUCCGAUCGAGUAGAGAAGCCAAGGAGAGAAAAAUGCCGAAUGAAUCAUUGAACUUAAAUCUACCCUGCAAACGUCUCUGCAUCGUCGUCAUAUUCCCCAUCCGGGAGGGAAUCGAAACAUCAUCCCAGAGUCUCAUCCAGCCAGCACCAAACGAGCAGCGAGGUACGCGAUUUGGCGAGGUUGAGAAGAUGUCGAAGAUAUUGAACCACCCUCGCCAGCCAGCAGAGCCUCUUCGUAAGCAGUCUCAGCGUGUACCGUCUUCAUCGCACCAGAGCAUGGAUAUAUGGAAGAGGAGGAAGAACACACGAAUCAUCUUCUGCCGUUUUUGCUUCGAUCGUCUUUCGUCGAUCGUCUUUCGACCCGUGUACCGUGCAGGAUAGAACUCAGCUCAGAUUAUCUAUCAGACGGUAAAACGUACAUACGCACACAAACUAGAGUUCCUUCUGGAUAGCUGGAUUGUACUGCAGAGAAGAAAUCCGUUACCAAGGAUUACGGUUCAACUGUGCUUGGAAUCAAUCGUUUGAUGUUCGACCCUGAAUUAAAGGAGCUAAAGAAACGCAGCGCUGCGCUUACUUUUACUUUGCGAAACUCACCUACGAUAAUGUGCUCUGUAUUUUCUGCUUAUUUUGUUUUAGUGUGGUGCUGAGAUCAGAUAAAGAGAAGCUAUUCCAUAAAAAUGUGUACGAAUGCAAACGACAGUGUUUUGCAUAAGAAAAAAAAGAGCAAAUACGGAAACAUGCGAAGAUAAAACUCGAAUCAGAAACAGUUAAGAAUGUGCACUGUUUGCUGGAAAGCACAAACACGUGUUAACAAUUCCUAGAGCGAAGCAGAAAGUGAAGAUGAACGAUGGAGCGGAAUGUUGUAAGCUUCGAAGACAAUAAGUGCACCCAGCUAAUGCAACAGAGAUAACUCGCGAAGGGUAAAACUACAUUUUUUGCAACACACGAUUACACGAUUACCGAUUACAUUCCUAAAGACGAAACCUCAAUGACUGUAACGAUGAUGAUAGAUUUUGCCCAUGAAACGAUCUUUACACUUGAUUUCGAUGAAAUGAUUCUUUUUGAUAGUUUUUCUACAAUUUAAAAAAAAAACCCCUAUGGAAGCUAGACCUUCCGAUAGGUCUAUUUUAGUGAGUAAGGCACGUUUUAGUACAGGUAGCGAAUCGAGCGAUAGUUGGAAUAGAAGAAGUAUCAACACACAAACACACAUUAGAUAUAGAUGUAGCAAGCAAAACACGAAACGCAAUCUCUAGCACCAGGCGUAAAAAAUCGUAAUUGAUACGAUUGAUUUCCGAUUGGUACGUACUCGUUAUAAGGUGUAGUAGGAGGUAUAUGUGUGUGUGACCGGCAUGAAUUGUUUUGUGUCGCGAUAAUAUCAUGCCAUAGGGAAAGCAAGAACUCACAGCCAACCGAAUUUGAUAGGGAAGGAUAUCCCGUACGGUGGAUGGAUGCCCUUUUCCCUUUUCGCGAAAACCGCUACGCCAUUUUAACAUGCAUUGAUCAAUAUUUUAAGGUGCAAAUAGGACGGUAAACAAGUAAAAACGUUUGUAACAAAGCAUUUUUUUAACGUGUGAUUAUCGGCAAAAGAUAAUCGAAAUGUAUUUGUCGGUUUUUGCUUUUAAACUUUGAAAUCUUUUAAACACUACACCCUGAGAGUUGGACGGUGUUAUAAUUUGCCUGAUGUAGUUGCAUAAUUGUAUUGAGUGUGGAAUUUUAUUUAUAUCGUACAUGUAUUUGAUGUGUGCACAGCAUUUGUUUUUAUUCAAUUUUUAUACGGCGUACUAGUACGUUCCAAUUGUCAAUCAUGCAGUAGCACAAGCCGGUAUCGUGAUUAAGAACUUAGGUAUAAAAACAGUACAGAGAAGAGAAACAAACAAACAAAAAUCCAGUUUUCGGCAAGUAUUUUUAAAUGUUGUGCUGCUGGCCUAAAGCGAAAUCCUAAAAACGUAACCUCAGCAUUUAUUACAAUAUCCUAACGCAUAUUUUGAAACAUACCAUAUAGUAGCUUUCAAACGUUUCGGCACAUUUUAUAAGUGAGGAGAUAUAAUAUCGUGAGCUAAAUUUUUAAGAACGCUGAAGAAAGAAAGAGUUUCUUGUGAUAAACGUAUAAAUUAUAGAAUUUAAUAGGGAAAGCGUUUUCCUGCCAAAACCCGCGUCCUCCCCCCAAAAUCUUCUCCCCCUUUCCCUGGAAACACCCCUAUUCCACUUACUCUUAUAAACAAGGAUUGACAAUUUGUAAGGUUUUCUUUCAUUAGGUGCGUCCAAAAAAAAUCGUUAGUGCUAAAACAUUAGGAUGUAAUUGUAACAUUUGGCAAAACGUGUGACAAACGCGAAGAAAAAGUAAUCGGUAGUAUCGAUGAAACAAUGACGAAAUUAUUAAACAAUCCUUCCAGUCAAUCAAUCAGAUUCGAUCCAGAAGAGUAGAGUGGUACGGCGGCCGUUCCGCCGAUUCUGUUUUCAUCAUUCCAACAGGCACUCUCGAGAGAGAACAACAAUAGGGUAGUAGAGAGCACAGCUUUUGUUCAUUUCAAAUACGAUAUUAACUCGCAUAUCACACUGCUAACAGGGAUUCCGGAUUGUAGAGAAGAAUAUGCGAAAGAUGUGUAUAUGCGCACAUUAGAAGAACAAGAUGCCAUCAUCUCGUACAUCUCUCAAGACAGGACGCCUUUUAAUGCGCACGCCCGUUUAUAUAUUUUUCGUUGAUCAUACUUUAACGCGAACGUAGAUAACAAGAACAAGCGAAAGAGGAUAUUUUAGAGAGACAUUUUACAAAAGAUUUAACUAGAGAAGACAGCACAAAACAAUAAGGUACAGAGCGCAUUUUAUUAUAUUGAAUCGAAAAGACAAUCAUUGUAAGAUAACUAAAGACGGUUAAAUGUAUGAUGAGAUGAUGGACGAACAAGAAGAAUGUCAUCAUUGUAGCACAAGCGUGUAAUUGCGGUAAACUGUGGCAAACUGUGUACUCAUUCACGUUUGUCCGAACCGAACUACUCUUCUCUAUCAGUGCCUUUGGAUUUGGAGAUAGUUUUUUGCUUAAAUAAAACUCACGUAUGCUAUUGCAAA